CAGAGAGAGAGAGAGCCGGUGGCGGGACUCCUUCAUCGGCCGGGACCAUGGCUGCCUCCUGCCAGAGCUGGCUCGCCAACGAGGGCAGCAAACACCUCCUUUUGCUGCUCUGGCUGUCUCUCAACGUGGGGCUGUUUUGGAAAACCUUCCGGAUGUAUUAUCGGGGGCCUCAGUAUUACUAUCUGCAUCAGAUGCUGGGGCUAGGAUUGUGCCUCAGCAGAGCUUCUGCGUCGGUCCUGAACCUUAACUGCAGCCUAGUCCUCUUGCCCAUGUGCCGGAUUCUCCUCUCCUUCCUCCGAGGAUCUCGGAAGGUGGCAAGCCGAAAAACCAGGAGGCUUCUGGACAAAAGCAAAACGUUCCAUGUGACAUGUGGUGUGACGAUAUGCGUCUUUUCAAUGAUCCACGUUGCUGCUCACCUGGUGAAUGCUCUGAACUUCUCUGUGAACUACAACGAAGAGUUCCUGGCACUCAAUGCAGCCAGCUACCAUGGCGAGGAUCCCAGGAAACUCCUUUUUGCUACAGUUCCUGGAUUAACUGGGGUUCUUAUGGUGUUGGUGCUCUUCCUAAUGUCUACAGCCUCUACUUAUGCCAUUAGGGUUUCUGAUUAUGACAUCUUCUGGUACACCCACAACCUCUUUUUUGUCUUCUACUUUCUGCUGAUGCUGCAUGUUUCUGGGGGAGUUCUGAAAUACCAAACUAAUCUAAAGGAGCACCCACCGGGGUGUUUGAACCCUAAUGCAACAAUUCAAGAGGAAACACAAUUUGCGGCUGGUUUUGAAAAGCUGCCCCCUGAAAAUGCCCUGGAGCCUCUCCCUGGAGGGUUGGUGGAGCUGGAACCGCUUCUUCAAAGCAGCUUUGUGUGCACCGAGGAACCGAAAUUUCAAGCCCAUUUCCCCGAGACAUGGCUCUGGAUCUCUGGACCGUUGUGUUUGUACUGUGCCGAAAGGCUUUACCGCUACAUCUGCAGUAGCAACAAACCUGUCACGAUAACGGCGGCCAUCAGCCACCCCUGCGAUGUCCUUGAGGUGCGGAUGGUGAAGGAGGACUUCAAAGCCAGACCUGGACAGUACAUCAUUCUGCAUUGUCCCAGCGUGUCAUCGGUAGAAAGCCACCCAUUCACCCUAACUCUGUGCCCAACAGCUUCCGAAGCAACUUUUGGAGUCCAUGUUAAGGUCGUUGGCGACUGGACAGAGAGGUUUCGGGACCUGCUGUUCCUACAUUCCACCUGGGAUGCUGAGAUCCUGCCGGUCUUCCAGCAGAGGCAUUAUCCUAAGCUGUAUGUGGACGGUCCCUUCGGAAGCCCUUUUGAGGAGUCCUUCCAUUACGAGGUUAGCCUCUGUGUGGCUGGAGGCAUCGGAGUGACUCCCUUUGCGUCGAUCCUCAACACCCUGCUUGACGGCUGGGAACGCUACAAGCUCAGAAGGCUCUACUUCAUAUGGGUGUGCAGGGACAUUGCGUCAUUCCACUGGUUUGCUGAUCUGCUCUGCAGGCUGCAUAACAAGCUCUGGCAAGAAAAUCGACCAGACUUUGUAAACAUUCAACUGUACCUCAGUCGAACAGAUGGGAUGCAGAAAAUAAUUGGCGAGAAAUACCAAGUGCUGAACCGCCGGCUUUUGAUUGGUCGGCCUCGCUGGAAACUCCUGUUUAAUGAAAUCGCCAAGUGCAACCGACAGAAGACGGUUGGCGUUUUCUGUUGCGGACCCAGUGGAAUCUCGAAAGCCCUCCACAAGCUGAGCAACAGCAGCAACCCCUAUGGGACGAGGUUUGAAUACAACAAAGAGUCCUUUAGCUGAAGGCUCCUGGGGCUUAAUAGGGACUGUUUGGAAGACCUGAGUGCAAUUGAAAAGACUUCGAAAACGAGCAGCGGCGUCAGCCUGACGUCGCGUACCAAAGAGUAGCCAAAGACUUUCGUAUGUGCAUUUGUAUUUGUGUGUGUGUGUGUAAUUUAUAACUAUUUAAAACUCUAGAAAGGCAAAGAAACAAAACGAAAUACGCUCUAGCACGAAAGCCAGAAUACCUUAGGAGUUGGCCGUUCAUCUUUACAGAGGGCCUGAAUUAGCUGAAGACGAUUAGAGACGCAUAGGGUGGCUUAUAUGGCUGGCUUUAAGAUCAAUCUGUGCAUUAUUUGAAGUUUCUCCACCUCAGGGCAGCAGAUUGAUCAGGCUGAGGGGGUGGGGGAAAUGUAUUGGAAGCAAAAUGCUGCUCUGCGCUGGCAAAUAAAUAAAGCGAUUUUGAAACGGAAAGGCUUUGAGCAAAAUUGUUGCAGGAUUAAUACAGAUGGGAAAGGUUCUGCAAGGUCCUAUGGGGGAAUCCCCCUCCUGCAUAUAGUUUGUAGGGAACAGAUCAGACCUGCUAUAUAUGCAGACACUCGCUCCAAUACCGUGUUUACUCUGCGUUCCACGAGACUGAAGACCUCUUUACACAUUAUGCUUUUCCACGUCUACUGAGGUUUGAAUGUCCACCUGUAUCACAUGAGAUCCGCUGAUAAGGAUCAAUAUUAAUGGCUGAAACGGCCAAGGCGGGCACCUCGAGGGGAAGGAAGACCCUAGCAAAGGGAUUUCCAGUGGGUCCCUAUGCGAGGGUUUUCGUACAUAAGGCAAAUUAAAUCACAGUCGCAAAAAUUGCAAUCUAACAGUUAACUAACAGGAGCACGGUCCCCUCACCCAAAUUCUGUCUCUUAAACUGGCCCUGGCAGGGUCUUCCCCAAGACCUCGUUUCCAAUGUGCUGUUCCAAGAAAAGUAAUUGCAAGCCCUUAUAAACCACAGAAACACCAUAAAGAGACAGAGGAAUGACACACGUCAUUUGAGGAAUGACACACAUCGUUUCAAAUGCAUACACAAAAUAGCGUCACCCCCCAUCCUGUUUCAAAGUGUUUGGGGCCUGCAGAAAGGAGAAAACAAGCACCACCCCAACUGUGAUGAGGUUAUGGUAAAGGUAAAAAAGGUCAAGGACCCCUGGACGGUUAAGUCCAGUGAAAGGCAACUAAGAGGUGUGGCGUUCAUAUCCCUUUCAGGCCGACAGAGCCGGCGUUUGUCCACAGACAGCUUUCCGGGUCAUGUAGCCAACAGGACUAAACUGC